AUGGAUGGUCAGACGUUCUGCUCAGUUGCAAGGCAGGGCAUCAGCAAGCUUCAGAAGGCGAUCCACGAGCAUAAGAAGCAGAAGGAGGCUGAAAACAUCAGCGGCGCGUGCGAGCGCUUCUUGCUCGACCUUGACAAACUCUCUGAACCCUCCAACUCCAACGAUCCUGUCAAUCUCCAAGAAAACUUCGACUAUGCCGCUCUCUUCGUUCCUUUCCUCGCCGCCCUUGAGCUUCGCAACCCCAAGCUGACCGAGUCUGCGCUUGACUCACUGCACGAGUUCAUUGCGCAUGGAUACCUCAAGGACCUGAACCUCCGCACAGACCCGCCUCGAAGCCUCGCGGAAGUUCUUGUAGAGAAUGUGUGUGGAUGCAGCAGCAUAGAAGACGAGACCGUGCAGAUGCAAGUCAUCCGAGUCCUCCAGACCUCUGUCAUGUGCGAGCCCAGCAUUGUGCAUGGCGCCAACCUACUUCAGAGCGUUCGGACUUGUUUCAAUCUGCACCUGGGGAGCAGCAGCCAAGCGAAUCAGACGGCUGCCAAGGCUGCGCUGUCGCGAAUGAUCAACGCGAUGAUGAACCGACUAGAGGGCCUCCCUGCCUCAGCAUCCCGACACGUCGAGGACCGUGGGAUUCCUGACCUGCCGGCCUCUGUCCCCAGCACCCCCGAGCCUGCCAAGAGCUCUCAAGCCGGCGACUUUCCUGCGGAGCACCCGGAGAUGCCUGCCCCGAGCCCCAACGGGUCCCACAUGAACGGAUCCGCUGCACAUACGAAGACGCCCGAAGCGGAGAAAGUCAGCGAAGAGACAGACUUCAAGUCUGUUGAAGAGCGAGACGUGUAUGAAGUUUUCCACAGACUCUGCAGACUGUCGAUGAAGUAUGAAGUAGUGGACAGCUGGGUGAAGCCAGACGAGACGAUGAAUAUGCAGAGCAAGAUGCUCUCGCUCGAACUUCUUCUCUCCAUGCUCGAUCAGAGUGGUCCCAAGUUCAAAGGUUCCGCAAAGUUCAUAACUUGCAUCAAGCAGCAGCUCUGCAUGUCUCUCUUGAAGAACGGAGUGUCUCCUGCUCCGCGAGUCUUCAAGGCAGCGCUGCAAGUGUUCGUGACGUUGAUCUUGAACUUCAAGACGCACCUCAAACAGGAGAUCGGAGUUUUCUUCACGACCAUCUUCUUGAGGAUAUUGGAAUCUCCUCACUCUACCUACCAACAGAAGACCAUGGUCCUCCAACUCCUUCACAGCAUCUUCCGAGACCCGCAGACCGUCGUGGAUGUCUUUGUAAACUACGACUGCGAUUUAAAGCAGGUUGACAUCUUCGCCAAGAUGCUAAACCAGCUUACCCGGACGGUUCAAUCGGGAAGUGGCGCUUCCAAAGACACCGGUUACUUUACGCCCGAGCAGGUUCAUCUCCCUCCCUCGCCACAUCAAUAUCAUUCCAAGCUCGUCGAGAAGGACUUCAUCUGGCUGGAGACGGGGGAGAUUCUUCCCAGGUCCAUGGCCAAGAACGAGAGCAGCGAGGGAGACCUGGAGAGCUCCGUAGACUCGAGGGUGGGAGGAGAGAGCGAAGACGUGGACCCCGUGCUGAAGCAGAAGGAGCACAAGACGCAGCUGCAGCAGGGGAUCAAGGCGUUCAACCUCAAGCCCAAGAAGGGAAUCGAGAUCCUCACGUCCUCCGGUCACCUCAAGAAGGAGCCGCAAGCCAUCGCCGCCUGGUUUCACAACCAGCCGAGCUUGGACAAGAAGGCGAUCGGAGAGUACAUGGGGGAGCCGGACGAGUUCAACAAGGCGGUGCUGUACGCCUACGUCGACAUGAUGUCCUUCGCCAACAUGACCAUCGACGAGGCUCUUCGCCACUUCCUCUCGGGUUUCUGGCUGCCCGGGGAAGCGCAAAAGAUCGACCGCAUGAUGGAGAAGUUCGCGGAGAGAUUCUGCAAGGACACCGACUCCUUCUCCAACGCCGACACUGCAUACGUGCUCGCCUACUCCAUCAUCAUGCUCAACACUGACGCGCACAGCCCCAAGAUCGCUAAGAAGAUGACCAAGGAAGAGUUCGUGCGCAACAACCGAGGGAUCAACGACGGGAUGGACCUGCCACCUGAGUUCCUGGAAGGAAUCUACGAUCGGAUAGUGGCCAGCGGCUUCAAAGUGAAGGAGGACGAAGACGUUGCCACGUCAAUGUCCACGGACUCCGAGAAGUCAGUGCAUGAAAGGUACCGAGCUGAAGCCCAGCAGCUCAUGUCAACAGCUCAGGGGCUGCUGAAGAAGGCGGCGGAGCAGAGCUCUGAUCACUUCUUGAUCUCCAACAAGUCGGAGCACGUCAUCUCGAUGCUCGAGAUCAGCUGGGCUCCCAUGCUCGCGGCCUUCAGUGUGGUCAUGGAGGAGUCAACGGACAACGGGCUGAUCGCACAGUGUCUCAAGGGCAUGACGGGAGCCAUCACUCUCCUCAGCAUCUUCAGGCUCCACAGCCAGCGCGACGCGUUCGUCUCCACCCUCACUCAGUUCACCAACCUCCAUGGCCACACGGUGCGCGAGGUGCGACAGAAGAACCUCGAGAGCAUCCAAGCCGCCAUCGCCAUCGCCCGCAACCUCGGAAACUUCCUGGGCUCCUCCUGGGGACCUGUGCUCCGCUGCUUCAGCGAGCUCGACCGCCUGCAGCUUGCGGGCUCGGGGUCGCGGUUGGGAAACGUUUUCGGAGGGUCGGAGAGCUCGGGGAGCCACGGGUCGAGGAGGGAGUGGUUCGAGGACAAGGACAACCGCAAGGAACUCAUCGAAGAAGCCAACUCCCUCAAGCUCGAAGAGAUCGACACCGCCGCCAUCGAUCGCGUCUUCUCCUCCUCCGCUCGCCUGAGCGACGAAGCCAUCAUCGACUUCGUGAAGCACCUUGUGGCUGUCUCUCACGAGGAGAUCGAGUCCUGCCCUUCCGCCCCGCGCGUGUACAGCAUGCAGAAGAUCGUAGAGAUCACCUACUUCAACAUGUCGAGGAUCCGCAUCGUGUGGUCGCGCAUCUGGUCAAUCCUGGGGGAGCACUUCCAGAGCGUCGCGCUCGCGGUCAACACGGAGCUCUCGAUGUACGUCAUCGACUCCAUGCGGCAGCUGGCGCUCAAGUUCCUGGAGAAGGACGAGCUGACGUCCUUCCACUUCCAGCGAGACUUUCUCAAGCCGUUCGACUUCGUCAUCGCCAACAGCAAGACGGCUGAGAUCCGCGAGCUGGUCGUGCGCUGCCUCACGCAGGUGGUUCGAUCGACGGCGAGGAACAUCAAGUCGGGCUGGAAGAUCGCCUUCCAGGUGCUCAACAUCGCAGGGCGAGACGAGUCAGACACCAUCGUCCUCCUCGCCUUCGACCUCGUCCGGAAGGUCAUCCACGAGAGCUUCCACCAGGUCACUUCCGACCCGGCCCAUGGCCACCUCGCCUACGCCGACUGCCUCAACUGCCUGGGCGUGUUCGCCAAGAACCUUCGGAACAAGGAGGUGGCGCUGGAGGCCGUGGACCUCAUGUGCCUCUGCAACAAGAUCUCCCUGCAGGCUCUUGGCGAGGACCUCGACCACACGCUCUUCACCGACAGUGAGCGGCACGUCAGGAUCUGGUUCCCCAUCCUCACCGGCCUCGCCGGCCUCUCCUCCGACCCUCGUCUCGACCUUCGCACUCGCGCGCUCGACAAGCUCUUCGAGACGCUCAUGGCGUACGGGCCCAACUUCGACAAGAGCUUGUGGGGGCACGUGUUCCAUGGCGUUCUCUUCCCCAUGUUCGACGACGUGUACCACGUGGACGAGGUGGCGGACACGGAGUGGCUUGAAACCUCCUUCUCUGCUGCCAUGGCCCAGAUGACGGACGUGUUCGUGUCGUGCUUCGAGGGCGCGUCGCCGCUGCUACAGGAGUUUCUCAAGAUGCUUUCCCUCUGCAUCGUUCAGCACAACGAGCGGCUGGCGGAGAUGGGCGUCAACAGCAUCAAGCGGCUGCUCAGUGAGGCGGGUCGGCAGUUCUCGUCGGAGAUGUGG